AUGGCCUUCACCAACCCUCGCCGCCGAGAUGCGGCUGCCGGCCCCUCUGAGCCUGGCAACGUCUCCCUGUACGCCAAGCCCGUGAGCCCCCUCCACAAGGGCGCCACCUUCCACGCUCCUUCGUCGCCCACCGCUGCCGCCGACCAGGCCUUCGUCCCGCCUUCGCUCCCGCGCUCCAUGAGCCAGAUGGGCGAUGUCGUCGACGCCAACCGCCGCCGCAUCGCCAUGACUCUCAGCGACAUCGACGUCGCCCUCUCCCUGGACAAGCUCUCGCUCUCGUCCUCGCCCAAGGAGGAUAGGCCCACCGCCGGCCUCCGCGAUAACAGCUCUCCCAUACCCCGUGGCUUCCUCGACCUCUCCGAUACCGACUCGGCAUCUGGCAAGGAGCGCCAGAGGCGUGUCAUCUGCACUCGCUCCCGCCGGGGCAACAGCCAUGCCUCGGACAGUGGUCUCGGCCCGUCUGUCGACUCCGCCUCCAGGUUCAGCGAGAGUGUCAAGUUGAAGGGCAAGAAGCAGCUAUCGGCCACCUCAUCCGGCACCUCGACCACGGCCGCGGCCAUCACCCACUCCAUCGUCUCGCCCAACACCGACGGCCUUCCCGGGCUCGGUCCCAAGGCCGUCAACCGUAUCCACGAGCACACCAUCCGCCCUCUGCUCGAGAAGCCGUCGCUCAAGCCGUUUGAGCCCAUUGUCCAGGAUGUGCCCCGCCGCAUCCGCUCCAAGGAGAUCAUCUGCAUGCGUGAUCUCGAGAAGACGCUGCUCUUCAUGGCUCCGGCAAAAUCCGAGACGGGACUCGAUUACCUAGACUUCUGCUUCACCUCGAUCCGGUGCAUCCAGGCCACCGUCGAGUACCUCAACGACCGCGAGCAGGUCCGCCCCGGCGACCGGCCCUACACCAACGGUUACUUCCUCGACCUCAAGGAUCAGGUCCUCCAGUACGGCCGCGACCUCGCCGCCGCCAAGGGCGACGAUUCCAUGGAUAUCGACCGAAACGACGAGAUCAGGCUUCACGGCGGCAUGGCCGAGAACGGCCGUCCGGCUGAGCUGGUGCGGAUCCGAAAGGACGGCACCGCCGUCUCCAUGGCCACGGGCAAGCCCGUCGACAUCAGCGAGGGCCCCGUGCAGUUCAAGCGUUCGCUGAGCGAGCAGCGCGAGGACGACGAGGAGAUCAUGCGGUCCAUGGCGCGCCGCAAGAAGAACGCCACGCCCGAGGAGCUAGCGCCCAAGCGGUGCCGCGAGCCCGGCUGCAGCAAGGAGUUCAAGAGGCCAUGCGACCUGACCAAGCACGAGAAGACGCACUCUCGUCCGUGGAAGUGCCCCUUUGGCACGUGCCGCUACCACGACUACGGCUGGCCCACCCAGAAGGAGAUGGACCGCCACGUCAACGACAAGCACUCGGACGCCCCCGCCAUGUACGAGUGCGAGUUCAAGCCUUGCCCUUACAAGUCAAAGCGCGAGUCCAACUGCAAGCAGCACAUGGAGAAGGCCCACGGCUGGACCUACGUGCGCACCAAGACCAACGGUGGCAAGAAGGCUUCGGUCUCGGUCUCGGCCUCGGCAUCGUCCAACAAGGGUGACAGCCCCUCGGCCAAGGAGACCCCUCCGCUUGCCAACGCGUCCACGCCCUCGGACUCGUACAGCGUCGUCACCCCCCGGGACAACAACAGCAGCGCCGCCGCGGACGGGAGCGGUGCGGGUGCCCAGAACGCGGCCAGCAGCGACUUCCCCCUCUACCAGCCCGACGCCGAAUGGCUGGUCAGCUACGGACUCCCCUCGGAGCACAUGGAGGGCAUGGACCUGGGGAUGGAGCAGCCGUCCCCCCUGUCGGCGGCCUCGUACGAGCAGUUCCCCCCUUACCAGAACGGCUCGCAAUUUAUCAGCGAUGAGGACCUAUACGCCGCCACGGCGCACCUGCCCGACCAGCACAUUUCCCUGGCGGACUGUAUGAUGUACGGCAAGAUGACGGUCCAGCCUGUCCCCUCUCAACUCUCUCAGCCUGCUCAGCAGCAGCAGCAGCAGCAGCAGCAGCAGCAGCAGCCGCAACACAUGAUGGGUCUGCCUCCGACGAAGCAGCACGACCUGCUCCUGCACUACCAGCAGCAGCAGCAGCAGCAGCAGCAGCAGCAACAUUUCAGCACAGCUCCCACAUCUGCUUCCGCCGUGCAAGAACCACGCUUUUCUCCCAACGCCCAUCACAAUGCCAUGCUGUACACGCCUCUCGAUAUGGAGGACGGAUACGAUGAUGUCGGUGCCGGCGUUGACUUCCAGCUGUUCCCCAGCGGUGGCCAGGCCAACACCAGCGCGGACGUGGGCGGCAAGGAGGGCUCGCAGUCCCUGUUUGGCAUGCCCGGUGCAGAUCUGGGCUUCUCGCAGACGUCCCAGCCCGACAUGUUUGGCGAGGUAAAUCUGAUGCUGUCUUCCCAAAUGUUUCAGGCAUAA